CUCACAUCUCUUCCAUCAUCGAAGCGCCCUUCCUUUUCGUUCACCCUCUUGUUGUGAAGCCCCACAUUCUCUAGCAGCGUCACCCUCGCGUGGAUAGGUCUUCAUCAUGAAGCAUACCACCCUCAUUGUCGGUCUCAUUUGUGGUCUCGUGGCCGCGAAACCUACCAACUUUGAUACCUGGUCUGUAGGCCAGGUAGUUUCCACUACCAGUGGCCGUGUCGUUGGCCACGCCGCUCAAGACGUCCCCGAUGUUUCCGAGUAUCUCGGUAUCCCGUUUGCCGCUGCGCCUGUAGGUACGCUGCGUUUCCAGCCUCCUGUACCCUUCAAUGGCUCUGCAGUUAUCAAUGGCUCAUCUUUUGUAAGUCUCUUUAAUGUUGUUUCGGUCACGCCUGCUUCUGGCCCUGGCUGCAUGCAGCCGUCUGACACAGACUUCCCUCAAAGUGAAGACUGCUUGUCAGUCAAUGUUUGGACUAAGCCUCAAGUUGGCCAGCGCAAGAAAGCCGUCCUUGUUUGGGUUCAUGGAGGCGCUUACUCUUAUGGUUCCGCGAGACAGGACGGAUACAGCGGCCGCUUCUUUGCAAACGACUCGGAUGUGGUUCUGAUGUCCAUCAACUACCGUCUGGGGAUCUUUGGCUUCCCAGGCAAUCCCGCGACCACGGCUAACUUGGGAUUGCUGGAUAUGCGACUUGCCCUGGAAUGGAUUCGCGACAAUGCUCAAAACUUUGGCGGUGAUCCCAGCCGUAUCUCUGUAUUCGGCCAAUCCGCCGGAGCCGGAAUGGCGGACUUUUACGCCUACGCCUACGCCUUGGACCCCAUUGCCAACGGCUUCAUCCUUCAAAGCGCAACAGUCAUCGGUUUCCCCGCGCUCAGCAAGAACUACACGUCGACCCGAUGGUUCAGGCUUGCGGCGGCCGUCGGUUGCGGCACUGGCAUUAGCGGUACCGCCGACCUCAACCUCGUCACGGAUUGCAUGAAGAACCGGACCACCGAGAAAAUCUUUGGCGCGUUCGGAACCGAGGAGACGGGUGUCGGCUCCACUCCCGCUUUCGGGCCCGGCGUGGAUGAUGUUCUUGUCUUUGAGGAUUACACUGGUCGUCGAGCUGCCGAGGCUGGGUACCUAAUCGGCGACAACGCCAACGAGGCCGGGCUCUUUCGCAUGCUUCAGCCCAAUAGAUCGGAUGCGUACUGGAACGACUUCAACUUUAGAUACUACACCUGCGGCGACGCCGUCAGGAUCAGCCAGGCUGUGGACGACGGGAUGCCGGCCUGGAGGUACCGGUACUUUGGAGACUUCCCCAACCUGGCCGUCUCUACCAACCCGCCCAGUGGAGCCUAUCACGGCGCUGAACUUCAACCUCUAUUCGGGACGCUCCCUCAGACACCGCCCAGCACUGCAGUCGAGUUGGCGACUGCUGAGUUUCUUCGGAGGGCGUGGACGACCUUUGCUAAGGAUACUUCCUCUGGUUUGCUCAGCUACGCCGGCGGGUGGCCGAUCUAUGAUCCCGUUCAGCUGAGCCUCGCGCAAAUUGCGCGCGACAACCAGACGGGAACGAACUUAGGUCUCGGGAACUCAUUUGAUGGGAUUUGCUCGUCUUUGCCGGCGACUCCUCCUUCGUAGUCUCGUUGACACAGCGUUAGAGUUUUCAGCCAAUUGACUCGGUAACUGAAUCCUAAUACUCUUGACUAGAGAUUCCCGAGGCUUACGUGCACAGUCUGAC